UGAAACCACUGCGGCUCGAGUUCUGCCUUGAAUUGUACUUUGCAAGAGAAGUAGCGAGGAAGUAAUGCUAAAAAGCUUGCUGUGGCAGUGGACCUAUCUGAUUAACAAAAUGAAACCUGCAAAGCUGCACUGUUGGAUUCUGGGUUGGUUUUCUAUGGCACUAUGUUGUUGGUGUACUUCAGAUAAAUUCACUCAAAGUGACAACCACCCUCAUACCUGGAAAAAGCUUUAUCUUGCUCAUCAUUGGCCAGUGACUGUAUGUAAGAUGACUGCUAAUGAUUGUCAAGACCCUCCAAAGUACUGGACAAUCCAUGGACUGUGGCCUGACAAAGGUGAAGACUGUAAUAGGACAUGGCAUUUCAAUGUCACUGAGAUUAAGGAUCUUAUGUCAGACAUGAGACAGUAUUGGCCCGAUGUGCUUCAUUCGUCUCUGAAUCGCACCCAGUUCUGGAAACAUGAGUGGGACAAACAUGGCACUUGUGCAGCCACACUUGAGGUCCUCAAUUCUCAGAAAAAAUACUUUGGUAAAGCCUUAGAACUCUACCAGCAUGUUGAUCUCAACAGUUGUCUCUUGAAAGCUGGGAUAAAGCCAAGCAGUUCGUAUUACAAGAUGACUGCCAUAAAGGAAGCUCUUACAAGGUUUUAUGGUGUAAUGCCCAAGAUCCAAUGCCUUCCUCCAGAAGAGGGUGAAGAAGCACAGACAAUUGGCCAGAUUGAAUUCUGCUUCACCAAAGAACUGCAACUGAGAAACUGCACAGCACUGAAGGGUGGAUCCAACGCAAUGCAGGCUCCCUUGAAGCUUGGAACUGAGGAGUUGUCUGUCUGCAAUGAUACUCUCCCAACCUAUUAUCCUUCAGAGGUCCAAGAUCACAAAUGAAGCCAUAUGAGUUUGAAAACCUUUUUAAACAGCAACAAAAAAUUGUAAUUAUUGUAAUAUUACAACCCCCUGUCCAUAUCACAGGCAUACUGUGAAGAUUUCUGCUGGAAAACACAGUUCUUUUGCCAUUAAAGGAGAAUGGUCGACAUGACGGGAUCGGAAUCUGAUUUAUAACUUUGUCUGGCUUUUUUUGCCUGCUUAUGGUUUGAAUCAAUGUUCAAAAGAGAACUGUGACUUAAUUUCUCUUGCAGUUGAGUCUGCCACUUAAGCCACUUUUGGUUUUUACGAGUGAGUCAGGGAAAUUAUGUAAUUCUUUGUUUUGAAAGGAUGAUUGUCUCUCUGAGAUGAGAUGACAAUUGCUUGAGAAGAAAGUACUGUAAACAAAAAGAACUUUGAGACCUGUCUGGAGGUCCAUUCCCAGACAUAAUACCUGCUGCCUUGCAUAAAUUUGCUCUCCAGAAGUGCAGAACAGAGACACUGUCCUCUGAGGUGUUAAACCUUUCCUCACUCAGGGAUCACAGCUGACCAAAGACAACUUUCAUAUAACUUCUUAGUGAAGUUCUCCAGGGUUGGGCUUUUCUGCCUGAAAGACCCCAGGAAGACUGUAUUUGUAGCCUUACCUAUUCUUUGAUUAUUGUUGCAAAGUAGCUCCAUACAGUCUUGAGGAACAACUGAUCUUAGAACUUAAUGCUAGUAUAGGAAAAUUUUAGGCCCUAGAAAUGUGUUGUUAUUAAUUUUUUGUUGUAUUUGAACAUUUAGCAUUAUACACAAGUGUGAAUGUCUGCACUUCUAUAUAAAACUGAGAUUGUCGUGUAGUCACUUUAUUCCAAGAAAGAGCUUUUUAUAGUUUAAACAAUAAAUGCUACAGGAUUUUCAGUAAAAAGUGCAAAUGUUUGCAAUAGUACAUCUGUACUCCAUAAUAAUCAGUAACAUGACACAAAGUUGGAUGUUUCCAAAGGGGACCAAACUUCGAUGACGUCCUCUACACAGUGCUGUGUUGUUCUGUGUGUCUCAAAUUGUCUUUCAGAGAAAGACACUUAUGGCUCAGGGAACCAUCUGUUAGAAGAAUAUUACUGUGAAAACAUGAAAUGCAGUCUUAGAAAGAAAUUUGCUAUUUUUGGGGGGUUUAGAAACUAUUCAUGUUUACUUUCAUUUUUUACUGUCACCAUUUCUCUACCACAUUUCAUUUAACUCUAUUACCUUCCCAUUACAGAAUGCUGUCAGUUUUUUAGUCCUUUGUUCUUGCAGUAUAAAAUAUAUUUUCUUUUAUAAUGCCAAAUAAUGCCUAGGGAGAUAAAAUGUACAGUAUGAGUUCUCUGCAGUUGAAGUGUAGUGCAUUAAUUUAAAUUGAGGAAAGCCAGUAACUUCAGGGACAGACUUUAAAAGGAAGUGACACAGAUGCUAACAGCCUGCACAGUGAGAGGCUCAAAGGUAAAGCUGAUUCUUGCCAAAGGGAGUCAGCAGAUUCACACAACACUCAGAAAUGACCAACCUCUGCAGCAGAGUAGAUAGUAUGGCUUCCAUGCAUUUUUUUUUUAGCCUUAUUUUCAAAUGCAAGAAAUGUGAGGGAACUGAUAAGUUUUAAAACUUUGAGGAGAAAAGAACAUAAUCCAAAAUGAGGGAGGGAGACACCAUGCUAAACAGCAGCCUGAAACUGAGUAAGUGACUGAUGAAAAGUAAGGGUUGGCUAAAAAUAACCUCACAGACUCUAAAGUUCUGUUUAAAGGGACAUACCUAAAGUACUGCAUUUGCCUUAAAAAACCCACACCCACAUACUUUUUAUUUUGCCAACAUUAAUUACACAUAAAAUAUUUAAAUUUGCUAUGGUUAAUUUAUUAGUAGUAGCAGUAAAAUGCUAUAUAUGACUAUCAUUGCUUGGUUUUUGACAAUCUCACCACCCUAACUUCUAGGAAGAUGUAAAUGUCUUUUAAAAGCUACUGAUUGAUUUUUUUAUACAGGGAUGUGCCGAGACACUAUAAUGUUUCAUGUGAUGUAUUUAAGGAAUGCUUCAAGGGCUAUGUCUGUAUGUGGGCAACCAGGAGAGCAGAUGAAUGAAUCCUAAUACCACUUCAGACCAAAGAUCAUGUCCAGCCCUUUACGUUCUCUCUAGCAAUGG